UCCAACUCACCAUGAACGGGGUGUUCCGCGAACUACUCGACAAAUGCGUGAUUAUUUACUUGGACGACAUUCUGAUCUACAGCAAGACCCGGGAGCAACAUUUAAAGGAUUUGGAAGCGGUUUUUCAGCGGUUGCAGCAGCAUCGUGUCAUCACCAAGGGCUCCAAGUGCGAGUUUUUAAAACAAGAACUGGAGUUCCUGGGGCACGUGAUCUCCACGGAGGGGAUUCGGAUAGACCCAAAAAAACUCCGGGCUAUUCAGGAAUGGAAACCGCCAAAAAAAUCUGCAGCAGCUACAAUCCUUUUUGGGUUUCGUGAAUUACGUACGGCGGUUUAUACCCAACAUGGCGGGGUUAACUGGACCUCUAACCGACCUACUAUAGAAGGGGACUUUUUACGAGUGGGGGGAGAAGCAGCCAGUUGCUUUCGAGGCAUAAAAAAAAAUCUUUUAAUGUCGCCACCGGUACUUCUCAUCGCUGACCCAGAACGGCCCUUCGAAGUCAUCACCGACGCAAGUGACAUCGCCAUCGGAUUAGUGCUCAUGCAGGAUUUCGGCAAUGGGCUUCAACCAAUAGCGUACGAGUCUCGGAAAAUGCAAUCUGCUGAGCGCAACUACCCAGUACACGACAAGGAGAUGUUGGCGAUCGUCCACGCGUUCAAAAUCUGGAGGUGCUACCUGACUGGAGCAGACGUGACGGUGCGAACUGAUCAGAGAUCUCUACAGUACCUGAGAGCGCAGCCGAAUCUCAACCCGCGGCAGAUACGCUGGUUGGACUAUAUGGAGUCCAACUUCACGUACAAGAUUACGUACAAAAAAGGCGCCAACAAUAUUGUCGACGCCCUCUCCAGACCAUCUGCCCAACUCGCAGCAGUACUAGUCGCCCAGAGCAACCCGCUACUGAGUGGACUAUUUACCCACGGGUAUUCGACUGACCCCUUCUUCGUAAAUGACGGUCAUCUCCCAAUCACUACACGGAAAGGCGUCUAUUACUUACGAAGCGGGACUGAUCGAAUUUGGGUCCCAAGUUAUCGUCUAUUUCGCGAAUUACUAAUUCAAGAAGUCCACGAUUCGAAUUUAUCGGGACAUUUUGGGGUUGAUAAAACUCUGAAGGCGUUGCAGCGGUUUUAUUACUGGUCAGAUAUGGUGACGAACGUGCAGCGUUACGUGGCUUCGUGCCCGAUCUGCCAGCGAAUAAAAUCAUCACACCAGCGACCUACAGGACUGUUGCAGCCCCUCGAGCCACCUCAACGCCCAUGGCAACACGUAACGAUGGAUUUCGUUACGGAACUACCGGCCAGACCUAGCGGAAACGACGCAGUUUUGGUUGUCGUCGACCGAUUGACGAAAAUGGCGCAUUUCGCACCAUGUCGUACAACCAUCACAGCCGAAGAAACCGCGCGCCUCUUCAUCUCGACCGUUGUUCGUCUACACGGGAUACCAGCAGCAAUCAUUAGCGAUCGAGACCCGAAGUUCACGUCGAAAUUCUGGCAGGACACGUGGGCUCGGUACGGCAUGCGCCUGCAGUUUUCAUCCGCGUAUCAUCCCCAAACGGACGGUCAGACUGAAAGGACAAAUCAAAUGAUGGAGCAGUUGAUUCGAACAAACUGCCCCGACCGGAAAAACUAGGAGGACGUGCUGGCUAUGCUGGAAUUUUCCUACA